UCCCUGUGGCUUUGCUUCAGCACGUCUCCUUCUCGAGGUCUCUCCUUGAGGACAGAGAGAAUUCACUUUCACAUAUGUGAGCACAAGGAGAAGCCUCUUUGGAGUUUUCUCCUUUUCUUUUCUUAAUUUUGCUAGAAAACAGAUGUCCCUGUAUAGAAGCCAGUCGAUCGCCCUAGUGUCAUCACCCUGCCUGCUGGCUGGGCAGGGUAAUUUGUCAGGUCACCACCCUCUCCAGCCUGCCUUGGGCUUGGGGAGUGAGGAGGAGGGCGAGGGACAUCUGCUGACCCUGAACAUACACCAUCCAUCAUACCAUCACCUACAGCAAGCUGGCCAGGCUCCUGAGGAUGUUCAGGAAGAAGGCUCUGCAGGUGGCCCCAGAGCCUGAGGGAAGCAGCUGCCAUCUUCCCAAGGAGCAGAGCCACCUCUCAGUCUCCGCUGGUGGGGAAGCAGCUCCCAUCCAGGCCAGAAGGCGGAAGUGCCCAGCCUUCUGGUGAACAAACCCAGCUCCCGGCGCAGGCUCCGAGCUGGGAGAGGCCCCGGCCAGGCCCAGAUGGAGCUGGCUCAGGAUGCAGUGUUGCAGACAGGACCCAGCCCAGGAGGGGCGCCGGGCAGGGAGGCUCUGGGGCUUGUUGUGUGGGCAGCAGCAGCCCCAGGAGCCCAGCCCUUAUUCCCAGCAGGAGGCAUCACCCUGCCCGGUCACUGAGGACCUUCCAGCCCCCUCAGGCCAGGAGGUGGAAGAUCCCUGUCCCAGCACCAGCAGCUCAGCCUGGGACAGCAGCAUCGCCUGGGACUCUGGCAGCAGCGAUGCUGAUGGACGCUGCUGCUUUGUUCCAGGGACCCCCAGGGAUUCAGAGGAGGAGGAAUGGGUGGACAUGGCCACAGAUGAAGCUGCUCUCAAGGUCAUCAGAGAGCAGCUCCAGUGCAGAGAAAAGGAUGAGGGGCAGCAGCUCAGGUUCCUGCAGGCCAUCUACCCUGCGUGUCUUGCUGCACAGGACAGAGGGCAGGACACUCUGGAGCCGCGCUGCUGCAAGGCGGCUGUGGUGGAGAGGAUUGUGGAGCUCAUUGAGGAGCUUCCUAAAGACUCUCCACCCAGCGCCAUCCUCACCAACUGCCUGGCUGCAGUGGGCAACCUCAGGGGCAGAAUGGUGGGAACCCGGAGGAGAUUUAAUAGACAAGACAGAACUCUGUGAGCUCAGCUCAGUGCCCCCUGUAACAAUAACCCAGGGGAUUGCUAGGCCCUUAACAACGCACAGUGCAACACACAGGUGAUGAGAUGUGCGCUAAGCCAAGGUCCAACGGCCAAUAGGAAUCUGACCAUUGACUGCAAUGAGGACUGGCUCAUGCUCCAAGGCCCGGAGAGUCUCAGACAGGCCAGAGGCCACUCCCUUCUCUUCACCUCCCCCUGCCACCAAGCAGGGCAGAGGCCAGCAGCAGGCACCUCCCAGCAGUGACAGCAGAACACACCUUGCUGGGGAAGGAGAGACAGACAGACUGAGACCCCAGCAGCCAUGGG